CCUUUUUCUUUUUACACUAUUAUUUUUCCUUGUCAUCUCCAACUUCAACGUACAAGAAGGGAUCUCCCCUUCGAUGCUCUCUCAUUCUCAUUCUCCAGAGUCUUCUCCCCUCUGCGCUCCCUCUCAUCCCUGGCUCCCCUAAACCCUAACCCUAACUAAUCCCUAGCGAUGUCAAAGCCCUGGGGCGGCGUCGGCGCCUGGGCCCUCGAAGCCGAGCAGGCCGAGGCAGAGGAACGAGAGCUCGCCGCCUCGGCCCAAGCCCAAACACAAAACCCACAGAGCUUCCCCUCUCUGAAGGAGGCUUCGCAAUCCAAGCCCAAGAAGAAAAAGCCCGUCCCAAUCCCCCUCACUCAAUUCGUCGCCGAUCCUCAUUUUGACGAGCGUCCUCCGACUCCAACUGGGCCACGUGAGCGCGCGCAGGAGGAGCUCGAGUUCGGUCGACGGGGGUUCUCCUCCUACGGCGGAGGCGGCCGGGCGGGCCGAGGAGAGGCGGAGGAGGGGGGUUUGAAUGAUGAGCAGAGGCGGGAGGGCCGCAGUCUAGGGUUUCGGAUAUGGAUCUACCGUCUCGGGCCGAUGAGCGUGAUAAUUGGGCCGUUGCAAGAGCAGUUUGCGCCGAUGGAUCGUGGGCGCGGGCAAGAUCGAUAUGGGUCUCUUGGUGGUGGGUCGAGGGCUGAUGAGGUUGACAAUUGGGCUGCGGGCAAGAAGCCCGUGCAGAGUUUCGGAUCCGGGUUUAGGAGCUCUUUCAAUCCGGCUUCGGAUUCAGAUAGAUGGGUUAGAGGAGAAAGAGUACCCAGCACCAGUAAUGGAGAGAGGAGGAGAUUGGUGCUUGACCCACCAAAAAAGGAUGUAGGAAGAGUGGAUGAGGCUAUGAAGAGUCAGACCCGGCCCAGCCCAUUUGGGGCAGCCCGGCCCAGAGAGGAGGUGUUGACGGAAAAGGGAUUGGAUUGGAAGAAGAUUGACUUAGAGAUUGAAGCCAAGUCAAUAAGUAGGCCAACGAGCUCACAUUCUAGUAGGCCUUCAAGUGCUCAGUCGAAUAGGGCGGAGACUCCAGCGUCGCAGGUGGGUGAAGGAGUUAGGGCUAGGCCGAAGGUGAACCCAUUUGGAGAUGCGAAGCCGAGAGAGCUUUUGUUGCAAGCAAAGGGAAAGGAUUGGAGGAAAAUUGAUUUGGAGCUGGAGCAUCGUGGUGUUGACAGACCGGAAACAGAUGAAGAAAAGAUGCUCAAAAAAGAAAUCGAUCAUCUAAAAUCCCAGGAAGCGGAUCUGAAGAGCGAGGCUGCACAAGUUUCUGCGGAUAAAUUCGGCGGUUUGCAUGAGCAAAUACUUCAAAAAGAGAGGGAACUAGAGAUUUUGAUACAUCAGUUGGAUGACAAGGUUAGGUUUGGCCAAAAAACUGUUGGCAAUAUGAGGCCUGGUUCAGGAGGAGGCAGGAUUGGUGCACUGUUGGAUGCACGACCUAAUUCACGGUCAGGUGUUUCUGAAGAAUCCAGAAGUUCAGAGUUUAUGGAGAGACCUCGAUCACGUGGUGGCAUGACGGAUGCUUGGGCUAAGCCCUCAAAUGACAAGCGUGGAUUUCAAAGUGGUUAUUUUGGUGAUAGAAGCUUAGACAGGCCAAAGUCUAGAGAGAGAUGGUGAACAGCGGUAUUACAUAUUCUUUCAGGUUUUGUACCCUUAUUUGAGGUCAGAAGCAGAGUAAAUCCCGAAUUUUUUAAUGCUUUUCCUGUCGUUCGAUCCUCAAUCGUUUUCUAUUGUGCUCCUUGAAGAAGUGACUGUAAGUCAUGGAGACAGCUUCUUGUUAUAUAAUUUAUUUAUUGCUUAACUCCCAUGAAGUGUAAGAUGUGAACAUUAUUAUCCUUUCCUUCCCUUUUUUCCCCCAGACAAGCAGCAGCUUAUGUUCUCUGUACCUGUAAUCUCAUUUCACAUUUGUAGGUUGAAAAAUGUGUUGGACUUUACUUAAUGCUAACCCCGUAUUCUGUCUCACUGUGUUC